AGCAGCAGCAUCAUGCCGGCUCCUCUACUCGGAGAUGUGUUCCCUAACUUUGAAGUCGAGACCUCCAUCGGCAAACUCAGACUCCAUGACUACCUGGGAGACUCCUGGGGUAUCCUGUUCUCGCACCCGCAGGACUACACUCCGGUGUGCACCACCGAGCUCGGACGAGCAGCCGCGCUGAGUCCACAGUUUGCCAAGCGCAACGUGAAGAUGAUCGGCCUGUCCAUCGAUAGUGUUGAGUCGCACCACGGAUGGAGCAAGGACAUCCUGGCCUACAAUAAUGACGAGACCGUCUCCAAGUUCCCGUUUCCCAUCAUAGCAGAUCCUAAGCGUGAGGUGGCUGUAGAGCUGGGCAUGCUGGACCCGAAUGAGAAAGAUCAGAGCGGGAUGCCGCUCACUGCCCGAUGCGUGUUUGUGAUUGGUCCUGAUAAGAAGUUAAAGCUCUCACUCCUCUACCCGGCCACUACGGGGCGAAACUUUGACGAGAUUCUCCGAGUGAUUGAUUCCUUGCAGCUAACAGCGUAUCAGCGGGUGGCCACGCCCGUCGACUGGAAGCCUGGGGAUCGGGUCAUGGUUCCUCCGAGUAUCCCUGAGGAAGAAGCCAAGAGCCUGUUCCCUGCCGGAGUGUACACUAAAGAGCUUCCGUCAGGGAAGAAGUAUCUGCGUUACACACCACAACCGUGAACCCAAACCAGCCCUCAGAAGACUAAACAACUGGACAAGACUGAGAAACCAAACGGAAACAAUAAACAAACAUGGAUGAACCCGAGUGAUUACAAAGCUGUAUUCCUGACUUGUCACGUUAGUUUUUGGAUUGAACUUGAGCUAUUUAACUUGCGAACUAAUGAACAAUGACGACACAAACUACUGACCAAUCACCAGCGAGAUACAGUACGUACUGCAUCUCAGCCUGAUGAGUGAACCCGAAAACAUAUUGACUUGAGAUAUGACAUUUAUACAGUGGAGUGCAAAAGUUUGCACACCCUUAAGACAAAGCCAAAUAAAAUUAAUGUUGAUGUGAAGUACUACAAACUCACGUUCAGUUUGUUGCAGUGAUGUUGUAGGACACACCCACUUUUCAUGAUUAUGGUACUGGAAUGUACAGUUAGGUCCAUAUAUAUUUGGACACUGACAUAAAUUUUGUUUUUUUACCUGUUUACUGAAACAUAUUCAAGUUAUAGUUAUAUAAUGGACAUGGACAUAAAGUCCAGACUUUCAGCUUUCAUUUGAGGGUAUCCACAUUAAAAUUGGAUGAAGGGUUUAGGAGUUUCAGCUCCUUAACAUGUGCCACCCUAUUUUUAAAGGGACCAAAAGUAAUUGGACAAUUGACUCAAAGGCUAUUUCAUGGGCAGGUGUGGGCAAUUCCUUCGUUAUGUCAUUCUCAAUUAAGCAGAUAAAAGGCCUGGAGUUGAUUUGAGGUGUGGUGCUUGCAUUUGGAAGAUUUUGCUGUGAAGAAAACAUGCGGUCAAAGGAGCUCUCCAUGCAGGUGAAACAAGCCAUCCUGAAGCUACAAAAACAGAAAAAACCCAUCCGAGAAAUUGCUACAAUAUUAGGAGUGGCAAAAUCUACAGUUUGGUACAUCCUGAGAAAGAAAGAAAGCACUGGUGAAAUCAUCAGUGCAAAAAGACCUGAACACCCACAGAAGACAACAGUGGUGGAUGAUCGCAGAAUAAUUUCCAUGGUGAAGAGAAACCCCUUCACAACAGCCAACCAAGUGAACAACACUCUCCGGGAG